AUGAAGAAAGAAUUAGUUUUCUUGUUUGUGGCUUCACUGGCACAAAUUGUGACACCAAAUGAAGGUCCGAUUGAAGAAUGGAGGAAAGACUGCAACAGCCAGAGUGAAAAAAUAGUCAUUCAUUCGGCUGGUGGCAAUUGGACAAACCUUUCGAGCGAUUUGACGACUCAUCAACAGUAUGGGGUCUAUCGAAAGUUCACGUGCACUGCUGAUCCAGGCCAUUUCGCGUUUGUUCAAAUCAACCACAAGAUGGAUUUUCCAUCAGACACAAAAACUAUCACUUGUGGAAAGACGCGUAAAUGGUUGCACAAAGGUGAUGUCGUUGUCACUGUUGGAUGCUACAUGGGCCCACGGGCAAAUUGGAUCCAAAAGCCCAAAGAAGAGGAAAGGAUUCGAAAUUGGAUGGGCGAGCAUCACGGAGCUCAAGAGGAUCAAAAGGAUUGGACAUGGAGCAGCACCCAGUAUGAACAACAAAAGAAAAUGCAACGAAUGGCCUCGGAAAUCCAAAAUCUUUUGGUUAACACCGAUCAUAUAGUCAGGAAGCAAGUCGCCGUUCUACCGGCAGACUAUAAGAAGAAAUCAGUCAUUACUUUCAAGAUGAUUUCAAAUCGAGAGAACGACACAACGGGAUCCAAUUGC